AUGCAUUCGCCACCAUGUGCACGCUGCCUCAGACUGGGCAUUGACUGCACGGUGGAACAAUAUUACAAACGCGUCAAUCAGCGAGAGCGUGUGAAGCAGCUUGAGGAUCAUGUCGAGCAGCUCCGGAAACUGUUAACGAAGCAAAAUGAGACGCCGGAAGAAAUCCCAGUUGUGAGGACUGAAGAUGCCAGGCGGUCGAACGUAGAAGCUUUGGAUACUGUCUCUAGGGUUCAUGAUGAGCCGUCGAAGACCAGACGGGGAACAGGGACGCCAAUUGGAUCGGGGCAGCUUAUGAGUAUCGAAGAAGAGCCACUUAUAGCAACUCGGCCGGGCUAUGCAAUUGGUGCGGUCAGGUUGAGCGAGGACCAAGCGAAUAGCCUCCUGGCCUGUUUCUUCCAACAAUAUCAUCCCAUACUCCCAUUUUUAGACUCCUCUCGCACUGCCGCAGAGUAUCACAGAACCUCACGCCUUCUGUUCUGGUCGAUUAUUGCAAUAUCCGCAAGACAUUAUUUAACAGAUCCAAAGUUAUUAGCGAAGCUGACUCCAGCACUCACUGAAUUAAUUUGGAAAGCAAUUUCUUCUUCCCCCGUUUCUCUGGCGCAGGUGCAAGCCCUUAUUCUAAAUUCGGCUUGGCCAGCCCCGAACUACCGGUUUUGGACCGACAAGUCAUCUGUGUAUGCCAAUAUCGCCUUGACAUAUGCCACUCAUUUGGGGUUGCAUACGCCAGGAUAUGAGCAGGAAUAUUCAAAGGAUAGAGUUUACUCCUCCGCAGGCCACAGUUUAGAGCGGUCGAAGACCUGGAUUGCCUGUGUGAUUGUAUCUCAAAGUCUUUCACUAGAGUUGGGAGUUCUGCCAUCUGUACCAAGCAAGGACCUCGAUUCUUCUCUGUCAAACGGAGCUGAGCUGUCAUUUGACAUUCCUACUGAAUUGCAGCACAAUUUCAUAAUUCAAAAAUGUUGUAAUACUGCAACUAGAACAUUGUUCAAAAGCAAUGGAUCCUCGCUUGUCCAAAAACCGACGGAAUCAUUUUAUCUCGAGAUGGAUGCCAUAGAAGAAAAGUUCAAGUCAUUACAUCAACUUCUCUACAAAGACUUGUCGUUCAUGAGCUCGCUUCGUUUGCAUUUUGCACUACUGUACUUCCAAAGUAUGUAUUUCGUGGUCGACGACUCACCAGACGAUAGAGGUGAUGACGGUAGUCGAAGAACGGAGGGUAUUCUUCGCGCUUACCAGACUGCAACGUCAAUUAUCACGACAACAAUAUCGCAUGACUCUGCUCAUGAGAAACUGCUAUAUGCGCCAGCAACAACUUCACGCAUGAUUUUCUACGCUGCUUUAAUCAUUUUCCGUGUGCUACAUUCGAACUAUGCGCCUACAAAUACGAGUGCGGCAGUAACUCCUCCUUCAGGUCGAUUGUUAGAUCGAGAUACUGGCAAUUUACUAUAUAAUUCCGCCUGUCUCGCCAUUCGACGCUGCUCCAUUCAGCGUCUUGACAAGGACUUUCCUACACGCAUGGCUGAUAUGCUGAAGGAGUUAUGGCGAGCCGGCGAGAAAGAUGACGAGCUCCGAAACGAAGAACCAACUUGCAAAGUCAAAAGCCGCCUGGGCGCAAGUUUGAUUUUUGAUUGCUUGAAACUUUGGCGUGACUAUAAGGAUAGCAAUUAUAAUUCAACACAAUUAUCAGCUCAGCCAGAGUCAGGGAAUGUUGGGAGCGAUAGAUGUGGUGUGCAGCAGCGGCAGCAGCUACAACUUCAGCUCGAUUCCCAGUUAUUACCUCAGACUUCAUCGCAAGAAGCUCCGCUCGCAGAGACUGCGGAUGAUUUUGAUCUUUCUGUACAAAGUGGUCUGUUCGGAGGAAAUGGGAGUUGGGGAACGGUUCUCGACUCGGAUGUUGACCUUUUUGAAGGAUUUGACCAAAACGCCACGGAAGACUGGGGGUUUUAUGGGCUGAUAUGA